AUGAGGCCUAGACGCAUCGUUACAGAUCCACCCGUUUGGCCCACCCAUGCGACCCACCCGUGCGACCCACCCGUGCGACCCAACCACAUGGACCCCGGAGAGCCCGAGGUGGUGAGCACAGUACCGCUCUACAACUUUGACGGCAAGAUCAUCUGCAACCUCGCGGCUGACACGUGGCCUCUUGACAUCAGGGACGAGACGUGGGUGCUGCUGCCGAAGCUGACCCCGCGAGUGGAGCUGCCUUCGCUGCCCUCCCUGCCGCACUUCCGAGUGUACCCCGAGCGCAGCUCCUCCUCUGUGGACGUCAACAAUUGGGAGCAGCUCGUGCACGUGCUCAGGACACAUGGACGGCCUCUCUCUCCCCCCUCGUCCACAAUCAACACCCCUCGCCUGUUUAGUCCUUAUUCCUUAUCUUUUAUCAUUUUUUCCUCCUCCCCUUCCUCCCAUCCCAUCAGGUGGGGCUCAUCACAUCAGCGCAAGGGCAGUACCAGUCCGGCCUCCUCCCCAUCGCCACCCCAUGCACCUCCAUCUCAACCCACCCUCCUCCACUUCGACUGUCCCUCAAGCCCCCUCUUUUCUGUCUUCCCUCCCUUUUUUUCCUCUUUUCCCCUGCUCCUCCUGCCCCCGUUUAUCGCCCGUCAGGUGGGGCUCAUAACAUCAGCGAGAGGCCAGUACCAGUUCGGCCUGCUCCCCAUCGCCACCCCUUCCGCCACCACCUCUACCUCCCCUCUCCCACCCCCUCCCGCCUUCUCCGCCCCUCCACACCCCUCUCCAACUCUCCCCACCGGUUUCUCCUCUGCCCGGGCGUACUACGCGCCGCUGCCAGCUGGCAUCCCCCGCCGCGCCCCGCGCUUCCCUGCGGUGCUCCCGGGGCUGCUGCCGCCGCAGCAAUCAAGACCUGCGCACACGGCACCUGGACAGAUGGCACCUGGUCAGAUGGCACCUGGUCAGAUGGCACCUGGUCAGAUGGCACCUGGUCAGCAGCACAGUCAGGUGCUCCAGAGACAGGCGCAUUCUCAGAUGGCACCUGGACAGAUGGCACCUGGACAGGUGCUACAUGGACAGGCGCAUUCUCAGGUGGCACCUGGACAGGCACAAGCUCAGGUGGCAAACGGUCAGGCGCAUCUAGGACAGAGCCUUCCGGGCCUCACUGCUGCAGGAUCUUUCUCCUCUCGCACUGCUGCCUCCGCCCCUGCCGCUCCAGUAUCCACGUCAGCACCUCCAUUGUCCACGUCAGCAUCUCCAUACCUGGCGUCCCUGGCGCACACGCACCAGCAGUGGGUGUUUGGGGGCCUGGCGGAGCUCAUUGAUAACUCCAUGGACGCCAAGGCACGCAGGCUGGACAUUGUCAUCAGCAUGGCCAAGCUCCCUCCAAGAGCAGCCGCGGCUUUUGAGGCGCCUCAAAACUUGCCAUUGUACUUCGUUCGUACACUCGACUCAACGGUCACCUUGCUGUCGCUGGGCCAUGACAUCCCCGCAGAGGAGGACCCCCACCACAUCGGCCGAUUCGGCGUCGGCUUCAAGACGGGCACCAUGCGCAUAGGCAACGACGCCUUGGUGCUGGCCCUGUCAAGGGACAGCUGCAGCAUCGCUCUGCUCUCCCGCUCGCUCAACCAUGGCCGGCAGGAGCUGAAGAUCCCCAUUACGGGCACCAUGCGCAUAGGAAACGAUGCCUUGGUACUAACCCAGUCAACAGACAGCCGCAGCAUUGCGCUGCUCUCCCGCUCGCUCAACCAGGGCCGGCAGGAGCUGGAGAUCCCCAUCGUGACGUACAAGCAGGUGGUAUCUGGGGGAGGUGCAUCUGCAGCAGGGGGAGGUGGAUCUGCAGGGGGAGGUGGAUCUGCAGCAGGGGGAGGUGGAUCUGUAGGGGGAGGUGGGACUGCUGAGUGGCAGCUGGACCUGGGGGUGCAUUCAGAGGAGGAGGCGGAGAGGCGCAAGCGAGCAAUCUUUGACUUCUCGCCUCUGGACGAGAGAAAGAUAAACCAGGAGUUCCGCAAGCUGGAGCUCUCGAGUGGGACCAGUGACUCCCCCCCCACGGGCACGCGCAUCUACGUGUUCAACCUCAAGCGCCUGUCGCGUCCAGAUGCAGCGUACGAGCUCGAGUGGGACGACGACGCCCACGACAUCCUCAUCCGCACCCGGCGCCCCCGCUCCCGCCCCAACCAGCUCUGCCAAGACGUACCAAUAGACUACUCCCUACGAGCCUACCUGCGAGUCAUGUUUCUGCACAACCCCGCCACCAUCUCAGUGCAAGGCCGCGCCGUGCAAGGCAGCGCUGACAUCGCGGAGAACCUCUCCCAACCGUUCUCCACCACGGGGACCGUCAUGGGGCAGCCGGUGCAAGUGCGGAUGGGCAUGGACGAAGGCGAGAGGGCGUGUGGGCGUUGCGGGUUCUUCCUGUACUGGCACGGGCGGUUAAUUGAAGCUUAUAAGCGGGUCGGACGGAUGGAAUACUCGGGAGAUGCUGGGCUGGGGGUGGUUGGCGUUGUCGAUACCACCGCUCUCUUUGAUGUAGCCGGAGAGCUGGGGGUGCUGAACUGCAAGCAGCGGUUUGCAGAGGGAGAGGAGUAUCAACGGCUCAAAGACUUCCUGUCUGUCACCUUCAACCAGUACUGGGAGGACAACUUUGAUAAAGACCUCCCCACUGCGAACAUACCAGAGGGGGCAAUCCUGCAGGACCACAAAGAGUGGGUGCAAUGCGAGAAGUGCGAGCAGUGGCACAUUCUGCCGCCCCAUGUCACCAUGGAGUCGCUGCCAGUGAACUGGUAUGAGCGGUGCUGA